AUGGAGGUGAUGGCACAGUGCAUGCUGCUCCUGCUGCUGGUGGCCACCCUGUCCCCAACCCAGACCCGAGCGGGCUCACACUCGCUGCGGUAUUACUUCACCACCGUGUCCCGGCCUGGCCUCAAAGAGCCCCGGUUCAUUGCUAUCGGCUGCGUGGACGACACACAGUUCGAGCGCUUCGACAGCGACGCGGAGAAUCCGAGGACAGAACCGCUCGUGCCUUGGAUGGAGCAGGAGGGGCCAGAGUAUUGGGAGCGGGAGACACAGAGAGCCACAGACUUGGAGCAGACUUUUCGAGUGGGCCUAAGGAACAUUAUGGGCUACCACAAGGACAGCGAGGGCGGCUAUCACACAUUACAGUGGAUGUCUGGUUGUUACGUGGGGUCGGAUGGGAGCUUCCUCCGUGGAUAUGUGCAAUACGCCUACGAUGGCCACGAUUACAUUGCCCUGAACGAAGACCUGAAAACGUGGAAGGUGGCAGACAAGGCGGCACAGAUCACUAGAGUCAAGUUGGAGCUGGCUGGUGCUGCAGGGCGAUACAGGGCCUACCUGGAGGGCACGUGCGUGGAGUCACUCCUCAGAUACCUGGAGCUCGGGAAGGAGACACUGCUGCGCACAGAUCCCCCAAAGGCACAUGUGACCCAUCACCCCAGAUCUGAAGGUGAUGUCACCCUGAGAUGCUGGGCCCUGGACUUCUACCCUGCUGACAUCACCCUGACCUGGCAGUUGAAUGGGGAGGACCUGACCCAGGACAUGGAGCUUGUGGAGACCAGGCCUUCAGGGGAUGGAACCUUCCAGAAGUGGGCAUCUGUGGUGGUACCUUUUGGGAAGGAGCAGAAUUACACAUGCCAUGUGCAACAUGAGGGGCUGCCUGAGCCCCUCACCCUGAGAUGGGAGCCUCCUCCAUCUAGGAACUCUAAAGUGGUGAUCAUUGCUGUUCUGGUUGUCCUUGGAGCUGUGGCCAUCAUUGUAGCUGUGAUGGCUUUUGUGAUGAAGAGGAGGAAAAACACAGGUGGAAAAGGAGGGGACUAUGUUAGUAGGGACAGCUCCCAGAGCUCUGAUAUGUCUCUCCCAGAUUGUAAAGGUGACACUCUGGGGCCUGACUGGAGAGGGGCAAUGUGGACAUGA